ACAAACCACACCCCCACAGACCACAUCCCCAGAAACCACACCCCUCCUGCUGACUUCACAGACCACACCCCCCUGGCCGGCCCAGCCCCAUUUCCAUCUCGUCAGAGCUCAGUCCGCUCCUCGGACAGAUUAUAUGAAUGGCGCCUGGUCACCCUCACACACCCCCAGCACAACGUGUCACACAGACCCCGCCCACUCGCCCUCACACACUAACGACACAGUGUAUCAUACAGCACACACCCCGGACACGGUGUGUCAUCCUACAGCGUGUCACACGGACCCCUUUCGUGGCAAACCGCCAUCGCCAUCUCUUGCCCAAUCUUCCCAAGCGUGCAGAGAAACAAACAAUAAGCCUUCCACACAGCGCACAGAUUCCAACAGCAUUGUGGGUACCGGCACGAAUGUCUUCAAGGAGAACAGUCCCCAAGGAUAUCCUGCUUCUCUUCGCGUGUCGCCACAGUCUUCAUUAUGUGCUCAAACAAACCCACAGUUACUGUCUCUGAACCAGGGAGCUAAAGUGUGCAGUGACGAAGAUAAGGGUAUCUUGCUUGGGGGAGGUGGGGUGUGCAGUGACACACGUAAAAGUGAUGUGUUUGGGGAAGGUCAGGUGUGUAGCGACACACAUAAAGACGAUGUGUUUGGACGGAGUGGGGUGUGUAGUGACACAGAUAAGAGUGGUGUGUUUGCGGGAAACGAGGUGUGUAGUGACAUAGAUAAGAGUGGUGUGUUUGCGGGAAGUGAGGUGUGUAGUGACACAGAUAAGAGUAUCUUGUUUGGGCGACAUGGAUCAACAGCAGAACUGAGGAGCCAAACAUACCUAGCAAGUGUUCCUCUCAGCUCGCAGACCUUCGAGGUCGGGUGUGACACCAACUCGUUCUCCCACAACCUCUCCGACAGCGCUCUGGCAGGUUCCAGAAACUCUUGCAUGGACAGCUGGGAGGAGGGGGUCGCAACCAGACAAGGGUGCGACCCCUCUACCCGUGCCGUGGCGUCAUAUUAUGCCCGUUGUCCUUUUGACAGCGACAGUUACCAUGACGACGACGACAACUACAACCACAACAGCAAAUCCAACAACAACCACAACAACAACGAUGAUGAUGAUGAUGACGUUGACGAGAGCGAGAAUGGCCACCCUUCUCUUCUCAGCCGCUCGUCCGUGUGUGGCGUUUAUGAUAACUGUGACGACAGAAACGACACGGGUCUAUCUCGGCAUAUUGACGCCAGGGCAGUAGGCCUACCACCUGCGCCAGCAGCCCCAACGGCUGCGUCAACAUCAAAAGCGACAGCGACACAACAAACAACAACAGCAACAGCAACAGCAACAGCAACAGCAACAGUUGGUGAAGCAGGCACACACCAUCUCACCCACCAGGCUGAGUCCCACCCUAGUCCGAGCGGCUUGUUCGGCGACCAACGCUCCGGAGAUUUCCCCAACAUCUAUACGAGCCAAGCCCGGGCGCUGGAAUCUUUCCGUGGUUUCGACACAGAAGAGUUCGACAAUGAAGGGAAAAAACUCUCCGUCCCUUCUUCAUCAUCAUCAUCAUCAUCCUCACCGGGUACGCCACACCUCGACAAAGUCCCUUGUGAAACGAGUGACGGUUUUGAUUGUAGCAGCGUCUGCAGCUGCAAUGGUAGGUCCGUUGAGCUACAUCACAGGCGAACUUCUUCUUCGUUAGAAACCCGAGAGCGCGGUGUGUGGGAGAGCGAGCAACAGUUGCGUCCCUUACCCGGAUCUAGGCCACCAGCAUAUGAGAGGCAGGGGAGGGACAGAGUCUGUGGCAAGGGGGGUAACACGAGUAACAUUGAGGACCUGAGGGACAUGCCAGAGUUCCAGGCCCUUGUUGGAAACGCACCGAAGCCGUUCAGCUUUGAGAUGGACGACCCUUGGACGCCAGAAGCUCCAACACACCAACUCUCCGCCUCGGCCGGAUACCCGGAAGGCGCGCAUGGUUCAACUCGCAACUCACGAACUCUGACCUCUGCUGAAACCAGAGGAGGGACCCAACCCUCCACCUUCCCUGGUCCCAGUCGUGUCCCUGAACAGCUGACCGGUCGUGAAGCGAGCUCUAACCCCGAUGUCGUGGCCCGUCCUGGAGCAAAAACGAAAAAUGACCCCGUGACCCCCAAUGGAGCCACUCAAAACCAUGACGAUUUACCCUAUUCUGGAGCUAAACCCAACUCUGUCACCAUGACCUCUCCCGGCGUAAAACGCAACCUUGACCCGUCGACCUCCCCCGCGGCUAAACGCAACCUUGACCCGUCGACCUCUCCCGGCGAAAAACGCAACCUUGACCCUGUAACCUCCCCUGUCCGCGUGGCGCCCCCUGGCGGUGCAGAUGCCUCGGCCUCCGGUCUCGACGAGGAGGAAGGACGGGAAGAACAGGCUCGCCGACCUCUUGGGCCCGAGGCUGGACAACGCCAAAUGGCCCCGCCAGCUGGCAGACAGCCGUACCUGGCUAUACACGACCAAGAAUACGGCAGGCAGUGCUACUCAGCAUACCUAUGCGUUGCGCCUGGCGACCUCACAGACUUCGGUAUACCCUUCCACCGCUUGCUUGAGCAUACGCUAGGCUUUCGCGUCUUCCUCCCGGAGAGGGAUUUCUUAGCCGGGGGGUUCGCCUAUGAGGAGCUCUCACGUGUGGUAGAGGAGAGGUGUAGGGGUAAAAUCAUCGUGGUGUUGUCCAAAAACUACCACACAUCGGGCGAGUGUCGUUUCCUCACCUACUUCGCCCGCAACCUUGACCCAG